UUUUAAUUAUUGUAUUUUUAAUAUUUUUCGUUAUGCCUGUAUAAUUUUUUACUUUUAACACAAACAAAAAUGCCAACAAAAUAUUUAAACGCUUAUAAUUUCAACAUAAUUUUCAGAAAAUUAAAUUAUAGCACACUCGCUUGACGUGUCUUUGAAAUCAUUCAAUCAGCUGAGUGCUUAUAAGCGCAUAUUACACACAUACACACACAAAUGUGCGUGAGCAUAUUGUUCCGUUUACAAUUUAAUUUAAUUAUUUUGUGAAAAGUAUUUCCGCUGACUGACUUUACGCUGGGCUUCCGCUUAGCAAAAACAACAACUAAUAAAAUGCAAUAAAACGCCGCAAAAAAUGCUUAAAAAGGAAUAUUUGUGUGAAGGAAAAUAAAAAAUAUAUAUUUUACCAUUGCAAAAAAAGCUAAGCUUCAAAAAACAAAUUUUGCGCGCUGCUCGAGCUACACCCACCAGCGUCAGCACACACACAUAAUUAUGCACACAACUUCUAUGUAAUAACUGUUACUAGCCAUAUUGGCGGCAGUUGCACUCCGUUGCGCAUGCGCCGCGGCGAUUACGUUGCUGCUAUUAUUGCUAGCGCCAAAGCACACACACACACGCACAAACACACAGACGCACACCCACACUUAAACGCACGCGAGUUGCAUGCCAGCGAAGUGAAGGAAGCGAAUAUCGCCCAAAUUCCAUGUUUUCUGGCGUUCCACUUUAACAGCCACGCCCCACUUGCCCCCCGCUGCUCACUGCAUACUGCAUACAAAUGUGCAGACAAACUUUACCGUUAUCCGCAUUGCUGCUUGCAUGUUAUAAAAGUCUUUAGCCAACUGGGCCAACACUCAUUUCAUAGACUCAAAGCGAAGCGUGAAUAACGGCGCAUCCAGUGAAAAUCGCAUUUGUUGAUCUGCCUGCUCGCGAAAGUGUUACAAAUUUAAAAACGGCUCGAAUUAGCUCGAAUAUGCAACGCACACGCGUGCUCUUCAAAGUGACGAUCGUUGUGGGCGUGUUGCUGCUGCUGGUGUGCACUCAAAGCGCGGAUGCCAACGGUCAUCACAAGAAGAAAAAGGUCAUCAUACAUGUACCGGUCCACAAGAAGAUCGAGGAGCACACCCACACCAUUAUAAAGCAUAUACAUCAUCAUCACAAACCGAUUGUCAUCAAGGAGGAAAAGGUCAUACACGAGGAGCAUCAUCCGAUUAUACACAAAGAGCAUAUCUCUCACGAGCAUCAGCAUCAUCACACGGAGAAUCACGAACAUGUCCAUCCGAUUAUUGAAGAAGAGGAGGAACAUAUACACCAUCACCAUCAGUAUGAGCAUAAGGAGGAGAACCAUGAGAGUUGAGCAAAGUCCACGUUGAACCAUUAAAGCCAUGCAAAAUGUUUUAAAUAAUUAAAAACUAUUAAAUUUAAAAUUUCCAAAAUAUUUGUAAUGCGCAUUUUACGCGAUCAUUAGUUUCAACAUGAAAUUUGGAACUUAUGUUCGAAUAUAGAUGCCAAAUUAUUAUUAUUUUCUUUUUUAAUUUUGUAUUGUUAAAUAAACACGUUUAAACUAAUUUCAU